UUAUAAUGAUCUCUCUGGUUUAGGUUGUAGAAAAUCGGUUCCUUAUAACCAGAUUCUCAGUUGGGUUCAUCAGCAUAAAAAUGGCAGAUAAUCCCAGAACAGAUUCAUUCAGAACAGAACUUUUGUCCCCUGAGGGUGUGGCUGCCGGAAGAGAUGGAAUGGUGUCAAAGGUGCCCUCGUGGCGACUUAAUAUGGACGAGUUCCAUUUGCCUGCAACCAACAAGAUAUCUCAUCAUGGCAUUGUUUAUUACUGGAAGUCAUGGAAGAGACAAAGAAAUGUUGCUAAGUACUAUGAAAGGCAAGAAAGUCUUCUCAAAGGAUUCAAUGAAGUUGACUCCUACAAUGAACUGGGCAUCGUGCCAGGAACCUUAACUGAGGAUGAAAAGAAGCAUGAGGCCAACAGUGAGAGAAUGGCAAUAUAUGCAUCCAACAUAGCCAACAUGUUGAUCUUCAUCGCAAAAGUGUAUGCUUCAGUUGAGAGCAGAUCACUAGCAGUUAUAGCAUCAACACUAGAUUCCCUGUUGGAUCUUUUAUCAGGGUUCAUAUUAUGGUUUACAGCUAAUGCUAUGAGAAAGCCAAAUCAGUAUCGUUAUCCUAUUGGCAAGAAUCGGAUGCAACCAGUGGGUAUUGUCGUGUUUGCAUCCAUCAUGGCAACUCUUGGAAUACAAAUUUUGCUUGAAUCAGCUCGAGAACUUAUUUCAAAGGUUCAACCAGAUAGAGAUCCAGAUAAAGUAAAAUGGAUGGUUGGAAUAAUGGCAUCCGUAACAGUAGUGAAAAUUUGCCUUACAAUCUACUGCCGCAAAUUCGCAAAUGAAAUCAUCAGAGCCUAUGCCCAAGAUCAUUUCUUUGAUGUAAUUACCAAUUCAAUUGGUCUUGCGACUGCCCUUUUGGCCAUCAAAUUCUACUGGUGGCUUGAUCCCCUUGGGGCUAUCCUAAUAGCAUUGUACACUAUCAGCAACUGGGCGAAAACUGUGAUGGAAAAUGUAUGGUCACUAAUAGGAAGGACAGCCCCACCGGACUACUUGGCCAAGUUAACAUAUCUAGUAUGGAAUCAUCACGAGGAAAUCAAACAUAUUGAUACAGUGAGAGCAUAUACCUUUGGGUGCAACUAUUUUGUGGAGGUGGACAUAGUGUUGCCUGGUGAAACGUCUCUAAGUCAGGCACAUGACAUAGGAGAAUCACUUCAAGAUAAACUUGAACAGCUUGAUGAGGUUGAUCGUGCAUUUGUUCAUGUGGACUUUGAGUUCACUCAUAAGCCAGAGCACAAGCCUAAAGCUUCAUAGAAAGGAAAGUGGCAAAUAACGAAUAUGUAUGCUGCAUGAAUUCCUGAAAGAGAGUGGUUUGAAUUGUGGUUAUCUCUAACUAUUCAAUUGUUUGAAUUAUACAUAUGCUGUACACAAUUUUCAGCUUUCCAAUAAAAAAAUGGAUUUGCCUUCUAAUGAUUAACAUUUCACUGAAAGUCCUACAAAAACUAAUGACAAGUCAACUCUGUCACUGUCGUAUAACAAAAUUUGACUGAAUGUCCUGCAGAAACUUGUCGCAACAAAAUAACAUCUCUGGUUGUGGAUUUAAAGCCAAAGCAUCCAACAUUUCAAAUGGAGAAUCCAUUCAGUGUCUGACAACAUCAGGAGAACUAAUGCAGCAAUAGAAAUGAAAA